CCACAACACGGCCCCACGUGACCGGGGCGCCCAAGAUGGCGGCUCCCAGCGGCUGCCGGCCGCAGCCCGGCGGGCAGGGGGGAACCGGGGCGGGACCGGCACCGGGACCCGGCCCCGGGGCAGGGCCGGCGGCGUUGAGGGGUCCCGAGGAGGACGCCGAAGGCUUGUACGUGGCGGUGGAGCGCUGCCCGCUCUGCAACACCACCCGCCGCCGCCUCACCUGCGCUAAGUGCGUCCGGGGCGGCGAUUUCGUCUUCUUCGACGGCCGCGACUCGGAAAGGUUCUCAGACAAGAAAGAAAGGCUGAUGCAUCUUAAAACCAAACAGAGAGAAUUCCAAAAACAUGUUUUGAAGGCCAUGGAAGGCAAAGAGAUAACUGAUCAGCUGAGAUGGAAAAUAAUGUCUUGCAAGAUGAGGAUCGAGCAGCUGAAACAGACCAUUUGCAAAGAAAAUGAUGAAAUGACAAGACAUGCAGAGGGGCUUCUGCGAAUCAAAGAGGAGAACCAGAAGCAUUAUCGCAGGGCUCAGCGGCAUCAGGAGAAGAAGGAGAAGAUCCAGAGGCACAACCGCAGGCUGGGAGACUUGGUGGAGAAAAAAACCUACGACUUGAAAACCCAGCACGAGCAUCUGGCAAACCUUCGGCGGACGCAUAUCCUGGAGCUAACAUCAGUCAUAUUUCCCAUCGAAGAAGUAAAGACAAGCAUGAGAGAUCCUGCAGAUGUGUCUUCUGAGAGCGACAAUGCCAUGACCUCUAGCACUGUGAGCAAGCUUGCAGAAGCCAGGAGAACCACUUAUCUCUCCGGGAGAUGGGUGUGUGAUGACCACAACGGGGACACCAGCAUCAGUAUCACAGGGCCUUGGAUAACCCUUCCGAAUAACGGAGACUACUCAGCUUAUUACAACUGGGUGGAAGAGAAGAAGACUACACAAGGACCAGAUAUGGAGCAUAACAACCCUGCUUACACCAUCAGCGCUGCAUUGUGCUAUGCAACCCAGCUUGUGAACACUUUGUCUCUCAUACUUGAUGUAAAUCUUCCCAAGAAGCUCUGCAACAGCGAGUUCUGCGGCGAGAAUCUCAGCAAACACAGGUUCACGCGAGCAGUGAAGAAGCUGAAUGCCAACAUCCUUCACCUUUGCUUCUCUCAGCACGUAAAUUUAGAUCUGUUGCACCCACUGCAUACGCUCAGGAACCUUAUGUACCUGGUGAGCCCAGACACUGAGAACUUGGGCAGGUCUGGGCCUUUCGAAAUCAGCGCUGAUCUCGAAGACUCCAUGGAGUUCGUGGACCCCAGCGCCGCCGGCGAGACCGAUGAGAGCGGGGACGAGCACGUCAGCGACGAAGAGACGGACCUGGGGACAGACUGGGAGAACCUGCCGAGCCCCAGGUUCUGCGAUAUCCCCUCGCAGCAGGUGGAGAUGCUGCAGAGCCAGAGCACGCAGGCGUCUCAGCCCAUCGCCAGCAGCAGCGCUGGGGGCAUGAUCUCCUCCGCUGCUGCCUCGGUGACCUCGUGGUUCAAGGCGUACACUGGACACCGCUAGCGAGGAUCCUGGGAUCACAGGAUGUGAGGAAGGAAAUCCCUCCCCAACAAUGCUGUAGUAAACCUUACGUAUUCAGUUAAGUAGUGCCUGGAACAAAGAAAAGGUCGGACUUCACGUUUUGUAAACCCCAAGAACCUUUUUCUUUACCCGAUGACCGUGGUGUCCCCCUUUUUGUAAAUUGGCUCCGCUCCAUCCUCCCGACGGGUUCUGUCAGGGCACUCGGUGGCUCGGUUCUGUCUGCAUUGUUGAGUGGCGAAGAAGAAGGACCCAGCAGGCUCCAGCUCUGCUUCCUAGAGAAGAAACAGAUUUUGGAGCGUGUGGAUCUAAACGAGCACAGAGGGAAGGCUGCUCGGUGUUCAGGCUGGACAGUGGUGCAGAUGCAGCUCACGUUUUCUUAACUCCUUACAGGGUUUAUGUUUGCGUGUUUUAAAUCUGUCUUGCAUAGCGCAGAAAUGCAUAUUUCUAAAUUUUUUUCCUUCAGGACAUGGAAAUUAUGCAUUUUUAACAUGUUUUCUAAUCUCCGUUGCCAUAUUUUUAAUACGAAGAAUCAGCAUGGGCAGGAAGUCACACAACAAAUUGCUCUUUUACUUUAGGUUUGGUUGUGGAUCUUGGCCCAGUUUCGCCAUGGCAAGCUGGCUGGUUUCAUGCUGGUUCCACCGGUAGGUAGUCGGAAAGUUUCGUGUCGUGCUGCCCGAAGCACACAGGCUCUUUACUCCUAGUAUCAUACACCAAAGAAACACUGGACAUUCUCUUAGCUAGACCCACAUUGACGCCGAGACAGGAUUGCAAUAAUACCCAUCAGCUACACCACGUUGCCACUUUUGAAUCGUAGAAAAACCUCAUUUCAGGCUACUUUGACGAAGUCCCGCGUUCUCCACACUACGUGCGUUGUGAACCCUGUCGCGUUUGACGUUUCUGGUGGGGUUUGCUCUUCCCUUGGUUCCUGAAUGCCAAGAAGUUGAUUUCAUUUCGCUGCAGAAGCGCUCCGGGCGCGGCUGGCCUGCUUGCAAAGCCACGGGAGGCGUGAUGCUGACCAGAGCUCCUCGCUCCCUCUGCCCCGCGGUACGUACGGCUUCAAGGUGGCUUCUGCUCAGCGAGGCUUCCCAUUUACGGUUUACAUUUUACAGAGCUGGGACGUUUUGACUUCUCCGCGGGGCAGACUCGUGUAGAAGCAUCCUCCCACCCCUCCGAGAUGGAAGAUUUCAGCCUGGCGUGCUGGCACAUCCGAGGCAGCGUCCUCCUGCCUGGUGGAAACCCCAGCUGCAGGCUGCCUUACCCGGCCCUCCCGUUCUCUGUCGAGCAUGUGGAGUUUUUUUGGGACAUUUUGGGACGGUUUUAGGAUGCUGUGGGUCCUCCCCAGGCCAGCCAGCGCUGCCACCUGGCUCCACCGAGUGGGUGGAAGAGCAGCACUAGUGCUAACGCCCCGGUGAGCUCUGCACCAGGGGACACCAGCUGAGUCCUGUGCCUCCCAGCCCUUUCUCUUUGGCAGCAGGGAUCCAUUGUUGGUAGUUUUUUUUUGCUGGCGGUGGCUGUUUCUUGGGUUUUUUAAACCAAAGACCCUCAACUCCGCACCCACAGCGUGCGUGUGGCAAGGCGGGGGCCCCCUCGGUGCUGCCAGUUGGUUGUUCUGAGCCCAAGGUAGGUUCGUGUUGGGAAACAGAUGAGAAAUCAGCCAAAAUGCUGUUGGCUACCGUGGUCUGAGCAGGGACAGGGACAGGGACAGGGAGAGGAGGCUUCGGUCACUGCUCAGCUGCCAGCACUUUAGGAACCCGUCGCAGCUCUGAGCAGCCAGCACGUAGCAGUACUGCGGGGGGGGGCUCUCAGCAUUGCACAGCCCGUUUUGGAUCCUCAUUUAUUUUGCACUGGACCCCACCAUAUCGAUAUCUUCCCCCCUUUUUUUUUUCUUUUCCCUUUUUUAAGACACAUUUCAGUCGCUUUUUCAUCGCUACCUUUGCCCUGCGUAGAACCCUAAAGGCCAGGCCGCGAUUCAGCUUUGUGUGCUGUCCUUGACUUAUUUAGGGGAAAACACAAACACCACCCCCAGAACCUUUGAAGCCAUAUCCUUCCUACCCAUCAUGUUCUCCAAAUAAUUUAUUUACAACCAUGUCAUGCUCUGGAGGUGCACAACGGCACUGUGAGGGCGUUCGAAUGCAUCGAGAGAGCUCCUUGCGAGAGAGGGUUUUUAACAGAACAGAUUGUGGGCUUUGUUGUUUGUUUUUUGUUUUUUUUUUUUUUAAAGUGUUUUGCACAUGUGUAGCUAAGGAAGAAUUAAUUGUGUGUGUCCAAACCUUGAGUGCAAUCGACAGGAUUAGUUUUCCAGCUUGUUUGGGGGGGGCGAGGGAGGGAGGGAGGGAGGGAGGCAAGUAUCUGUAAUUAGAGAUAGUUGGAGACGGCCAGCUGAGAGUUUACAAAACAAUUUGCGUAGCACGAGUGCAGGGAUCUCAUCCCAGGCCGUGAGCAGCGACCCGGCGUGGCCCACGCGAGCUGCCAAGGAAGAGACAGUUUUGGGAUCCCAGCCCUCAGCCGAAAUCGGGCACCUUUGGUGGGUUUGGGACGGGAGGUGCGGGGCUGGCAGAACUCGGGGCCUCUCUCUGCGACUUCCAAACUCGAUGUAACUAAACACGAUUUUUUUUUUUCUAAAUUUUAUUGUAUUAUUGCAAUAAAUCUUUAACAGGAAUUUUUUUUUU